UUGACGCGUACUGUGGAGAGACGAUCGACCAUGGCCCGAGUGUUCCCUCAAGCGCCGAAAACGUUACGAUCAUACGGAUGAAACCCCCGCAUAGGUAUUUAGGUGUCGUGAUCCUACCCUGAUGUCUCUUCAUCUCUCUCGUUGUCGUGGAUACUAGUUUUAUUGCAGCCUUGUGACUGAUACCUCGUUUCUCAGUCUACGCUUUCGUUACUUGUACCUACUCAUCACCGGUAUAUAAACAGCUGUUGGCCUUUGGAUACUUCGAUAGUUCGAUACUCGCAAAGAUGAAAUCCUUCGUUCCUCUCGCGCUUGCGGCCUCUGUCGCCGCGCUUCCCCAGCAGUCUUCCGGAUCGGACUGCAAGGACUCCCGAGAUGGCACUUUCGCCAUUUCAGUCGUCAAUGUCACCGAUUCUUCCACCAAGCGCAGCGUUGAAAGACGCCAGCUUUCUGGCAUUCUCAACCUUUCGCUUGAGGGCGGUGAAUUGAAGGACCAGGCUGGUCGUACUGGAUACAUUGCGGCGAACCACCAGUUCCAGUUCGACGCCCCCGUCCAAGAGGGAGCUAUCGAGACAUCUGGAUUCUCCGUCUGCGGCAACGGAACCUUGGCUCUCAGCGGUUCAGCGAUCUGGUACCAGUGCUACUCUGGCGGAUUCUACAACCUAUACGAUGAGACACAGGGUGAGCAGUGCAACCCGAUCUACAUCUACGCACAGUCAAGCGGUGCCAGCGAGAGUGGCGCGGUCAGCCAGUCCCCCGAUGGACAGCCCGCUGCCUCCACCCAGGUCUCGGCGCCUGCUGUCUCCCAGCUCACCGAUGGCCAGCCCCAGGCGCCUACUUCCCAGGGCGCUGCUCCCACUGCCCCGGUAGUCUCUCAGAUCUCCGACGGUCAGCCCCAGGCUCCUACUUCCCAGGCUGCUGCUCCCAGUGCUCCCGUCGUCUCCCAGAUCUCCGAUGGUCAGAUCCAGGCUCCUACUUCCCAGGCUGCUGCUCCCACCUCUGCCCCAGUCGGAGUCCCCAUCUCCCAGAUCAGUGAUGGUCAGAUCCAGGCUCCUACCGCCGCCCCAUCUGCUCCCCUUGUCUCUCAGAUCAGCGACGGCCAGCCCCAGGCUCCCAUCGCUACUCCCGCUGAGUCCACUGUUGCCGCUCCCCAGCCCACGGGCGGUCUCGUCUCCCAAAUCUCCGACGGUCAGCCACAGGCUCCCGUCGCCUCCGGCACCGGCGCUGGCAACUACUCCAGCAACGCGACCGCCACUGGCAGUGUCGAGUUCCCUGGUGCUGCCACCACCCCCAUGGCCGCUGCUGGUGCCAUGGCGGCCGGUCUCAUGGCCAUGGUCUUCAUGCUAUAAGCAUCUCCACCUAUCUUUCCUCUUCAAUCUUAGUGAUAUUGGAUUUACUACUUGUCAAGUUAUAGGCGUAUGGAUGGGUUAACGAGACUCAUGCGCCACGCACUCCUUUCCGAGCAAUUAGCGGCAUCGGUUCAUCCAUAAUGCGUUAUGUCAUGGUAUGGUAAUGGCGGGUGG